AUGCCUACGCGUUACUCCAUCAAAUACGUGAAAGGUGACAAGGUCAUUGUCCUAAAAGUUACUGACGACCGAAAGUGUUGCAAGUUCAAAUUAAUUAACAAGGGCAAGCUACGCCAGUUACACCAAUUGAAUAGACUGUUCUUAACUUGGUCAGUAUCCAAGGAUCUUCAAUCUCCUGAGGUUCGCUCCCUCAAGGUGGCACGGCUUAUGCAACGGUUUGUAGUGUUCAUGUGCCCUUUUAUAUUCCUCCAAUCAGAGGGGUCAAAUGUAGCUGCGGACGAUGCGGAGUCGGCUUCAUGCGGGCUGAGUUCUAAGGAUCAUAUCCAGGACACAACCUCACCACCUGCGGAGAGUGCCACUGUCGGUGAAGUGACAUCCACAGCAGAUGCCGUUGCUCCCCCUGCUGUUGAGGAUGAGACACGUAUACGUAAACGUGAGAAGAAGAAGCAAUACUUGCAGCGCAAGCGACAGCGCAUCGAAUCCGGAAAAUGGGUGGACUCUUCUGUAGGCGCUGUUGCUGUUGUGUUUAACCUAUUUCAGCGUAACUUAAGUGUAUAUAUCACCGGUCUUCCCGAUGAUACCACUGCUGAGGAGAUUGCAAGUGUUUUUAGGCGCGCGGGAGUGAUAAAAAUAGACCCUAUUACUACAAUGUACAAGAUAAAGUUGUAUACUGAUGAUUCGGGAAAGUUCAAAAACGAUGCCCGCGUGACCUUUGUGAAUAAGGAGUCCGUUGAUUUUGCCAUUCGUUACCUUGACAACUAUCACUUUCGUGAGAACUGUGUGAUACACGUGGAGGAGGCUCGCUACGAUCCACACAAAUACCAGACAAAAUCAACUGUAACUCUCAGUGCCGAGGAAAUGCGCAAGAGAUACUUGGCCGCCAAACUUGAACAGGAUCGGUUACAAAGCUGGGGUGAAGACAUCGACGAUGGCAGCGGGCGACGUAUUGUCAUAUGCAAGCCAAUGUUUACUGCAGAGGACGCUUGGGAAUACGAGGCCGACGACCCGUUUUACGACGAUUUACGUGAAGAGGUUACUGCCGAAGUUACAAAAUUUGUCCCUGUUGAAAAGGUCACUCCUAUACCACGUCACCCCCAAGGUGUUGUGUGCGUCAAGUUGAAAACUUCUGCCGAAGCUGAGCUUUUUAUAGCCCAGUUUCAGAACCGGCUUUUCGACGGUCGCCAGCUGCAGGUGUACUUUUUCGACGGCAAGUCCGAUUUGCAGGCCCAAAGCCUCCCUAGCAAACUUGCCCAUGAAAAGGCUAUAGCUGAAGCCAAAGCAGAUUUGAAGAGCGCUGAUGACGUUGCUUGUGAUUGGAUUGAUAACCAGAGCAGUGACGAGGAAUUUGAGAUAAGGACCGAAUAG